GCUACGCCGCCGCUGCCGGCCUCGCCGCUUGUGUGUUGUUGUGCUGGGCAACUCCGGGCUGGCUGAGGGAUGGUCAUGGCGGCCGCUGAGGAAGGCGACGCGGCGGUGGGGGCCAUGGAGCGGGGGCCCGGCGCGGUUUACCACAUGUUCGUCAUGAUGGAGGACCUUCUGGAGAAGCUGAAGCUGCUCAACUACGAGGAGGAGGCGGCGCUGCGGAGCCACAACAUGAGGCCGCCCUCCAGGCACUACUUUGCAUUGCCCAUUAACCCAGGUGAACAAUUCUACAUGUUCUGCACCCUUGCUGCCUGGCUAAUUAAUAAAGCAGGGCAUCCUUUUGAGCAGCCACAGGAAUACGAUGACCCAAAUGCAACAAUAUCUAGCAUACUAUCAGAACUGCGGUCAUUUGGCAGAUCUGUGGAUUUUCCUCCUUCAAAGUUAAAGGCAGGUUAUGGAGAGCAAGCAUGCUAUGUUCUUGAUUGUUUAGCUGAAGAAGCCUUAAAGUACACAGCCUUUGCAUGGAAAAGGGCAACAUAUCCAACAGAGGAGCUAGAAGAAGAAGCAAUAACAGAAGAUGAUGCUGAACUGACCCUUAAUAAAGUCGAAGAAGUAAUUGCGGAAGAAGAGACAGAUAAUGAAGAAAACUACAUUGAUCUGAAUGUUUUGAAGGCACAAACUUACAAAUCGGAUAUGAUUGAAUCAAAGCAAGAAGAGAUUUUAGAAUCCACAGUAGAUGCAGCUGAGUGGAACCUUGAAGUGGAACGGGUACUACCACAGUUGAAAGUCACAAUCAGAACUGAUAAUAAGGACUGGCGAAUCCAUGUAGAUCAAAUGCACCAGCACCAAGAUGGAAUUGAAUGUGCUUUAAAAGAUACCAGGGGUUACCUCGACAAACUUCACAAUGAAAUAAGCAGAACUCUGGAAAAAGUGAGCAGUCGAGAAAAGUAUAUCAACAACCAGCUGGAGCAUUUGGUUCAAGAGUAUCGUUCUGCACAGGCACUUCUGAGUGAGGCCAAAGAGAAAUAUCAACAAGGAAGUGGAGGAGUAACAGAGCGGGCUAGAAUUCUUUCUGAGAUAACUGAAGAAUUAGAGAAGAUAAAGCAGGAAAUGGAAGAAAAGGGAAGCAGUAUGACUGAUGGAGCUCCCUUGGUCAAAAUUAAACAAGCUUUAACCAAACUGAAGCAAGAAACUAUUCAGAUGGACAUACGAAUUGGCGUGGUAGAACACACAUUACUCCAGUCAAAGCUGAAAGAAAAAUCAAAUAUGACUAGAGAUAUGCAUGCUACUGUAAUUCCAGAUUCUUCCAUUGUUGGUACCUAUUAAAUUUAUUUGAUUUUCUUUUUUAUUCUAGGCAAAUCUGAUUUUGUACUUUUUUUUACAUUAUGUAUCUCAUGUUGCAUAGAAUGUUACAGAUCUGUCUGUAUAAAUGCAGUCAUAUUGCAUUUUGUGUCUAAGAUUUAUUACACAACACUUUUUUGUAAAAAAAGAAAAGGAAAUAAAAAGUAUUAAUAAAAAAAUUAUUCACAAGCUUCUAGUAUGUUAGGCCAAAGGACUUGGAUUGAACGUGGUGGAUGUAUUGGAAAGCAAAAAAUCUGGGGUGAAAAUGCAGUGUUGCAAAACUGUAAGCAAUCAGUAAGGCUGAUGGUGCCUUUUCCCUUUCAUAGGCUUCAGAUCAGGGUUGUCAAACUAUUGUGCAAACUGCCUACUUUACACAGAGUACUGAACUAUCUUCAGGGUUAGUUACCUUGUUAGUAUAAAGGAGCUGGUUUAGCAAUGAGCCCUCAAAAAUUAUGCCACUGUCCAGUCAAGCAUUUUUCAGACCUCAUUGAUUUAAAGGUUAAACCACAGAGCCUAGGGCUUGCCGAUCAGAAGGUCGGCGGUUCGAAUCCCUGCGACGGGGUGAGCUCCCAUUGCUCAGUCCCUGCUCCUGCCAACCUAGUAGUUCGAAAGCACGACAAAGUGCAAGUAGAUAAAUAGGUACCUCUACAGCGGGAAGGUGAACGGCAUUUCCAUGUGCUGCUUUGGUUUGCCAGAAGCGGCUUUGUCAUGCUGGCCACAUGACCUGGAAGCUGUAGGCCAGCUGCCUUGGCCAAUAACGCGAGAUGAGCGCCGCAACCCCAGAGUCGGUCACGACCCUUUACCUUUACCAAUAAACUCAGAGCAAUCCUAUGCAGUCUGUUCAGAAUUAAAUCACACUGUAUUCCCCUUUGAGUUGAAUGCCUUAUCCCAGGAACUUGUCUACAGAAUAGAUCCUAGAUCUCUCCCAUUCAGAGUGAAGGGGUUGUAGCUUGAGCUGACAUGCCUUUUGUGCACAAGCCUCAUUAGUCUCUAAUGGGUUUUAAAUACAGCUGUUAACCUGAUUAAACACAUUUUAAUUUAUUGUCAUGCUUAGUCAGUUGGUACAUAGAAUAAUUCAAAUUCACUUACUAAUAAAUUGUAGGUUUGUAAAUAAAAUAGACAUAUUAAUUAUUUUGCAUAUUAUCAAGAAAAGAUAAAAGCCGUGUAUGUUCGGCUAAUAAAAUAUUAGGACAAUAAACUAUACACAGAGAGAGGGGAAACCCACAUAGUUCUAACAUUUAGCAGUCAUUCUGCAGUUAAGAUUUCAAACAAAAAACUGUUAAAGAAUGGGUGAGUGGACAAAAAUAAUGCAGAGUCAAAGGUGGGGCCUCUCCAUUGAGGUUCUUAGAUCUCUCUACAAAAAGGAUUUGGGGAACUGCCCAGUCAAUUGUAGCGUCCUUUUUCGAACAGUGUCCAGCAAAGUUGAAACAUCAAUGCCUACUAAUAAAGAAUGUUGCUCAUUUUCUUUCUUUAUAAAAUUUAUAUGUUACAUUUUUGGACAUAGCCCAUCCAGAUCAGUUCAUGACAAUAAAAAAACAGUAAAUACAAUGGUCUAAAAUCAAAUCAAAAUUAUUAUAAAGGUCAGUUGAAACAGUCGCAGAGACUAAUAAAACAACUGAACAACUAUAUUUUGUAACAUAUUCUGCAGAAAAAGCAAUUAGCAAAAUACAGCUUGAAAAAGAUGUUUUAAAAGCUGCUUAUUAUUAUUAAACAAUUAUCUGCAGCAUAAAAGCCACGUAUACCUUUGAGGGGGAGGGUUCCACACAGUUGGGGAGCCGCUGCAGAAGUGACCCUGUCUCUUGUGCUCGUCAACUAAAUUGACUUCACAGAUAGGCACAUAAGUAGAGACUCUGAAGCAUUGCCUGGGCUGAUUUGUUUGGGAUUUGUCAGCAGAACCAUGAAAUGUGCAUCUGUAGCUGUGGAGGAUAAUGAAUGUAACAUUGUAGCAUCCCUCCCGCUGUGUCCAAGAUAACCUUGGGCUCUGUUGAGAAACUCCUUGCUCUUUCUUCAGCAACACACAUUAAACCUGCAAUCUUACAGAAACUCACUUGCGAGUCAGUGGGAUUUGAUUUUCAGCAAACAUGCAGAGCGUUGCAUUGCAACAUUUCGAUCUUGGGUAUGCCCUUACGUGAGAGAGACAUGUCAUUAAACUCACUUGAGCUUGCUGCUAUUUUUUCCUCCUAUCUGAGUCCACACUGCUUGUUUGAAAGCAGUGAGGGAGGGGUCUAUUGAUUGCUCCCUUUUGGUUCCCCAUCAGCUGCAUAGUUUCACCUUCUCUAGAGUAGCUGGCUGAAAAAGGCAGGUCAUGGCAGAUGCCCGCCACCAACCCACUGCUCCAGUAAUGAGCCAAAGCCCAGCAUUGUUGUGAGGGUGUGGUACAGCCCUUUUGCCCUGGCAACUGGAGGCCUUGAUGCCUUGCAUGAAGUGGGGGGCAGGCCAACCUGUUGCAUGGUCGCCUGUGCUUUAUUUGAGGUUGCAUGGGCUGUAAACAUGGAGGAAAGAUUCUUCAUUGCUGGUGAGAUCAGGGUAGUCUGGCUGAUCAGGCCUUUUUCUUUUUUAAAAAAGUUUUUAAAAAGUGGAUUAGCAUCGUCGUUUUGUUCUAAACAUGGUUACAUGGGCCAGAAAACAAUCUGGAGAGCUACAGCCAGGGAGGGGAUUGUGCUCAGAAUCAACCUACACAUUCUUUGGCAAACUCUCCUAACACUUACAGUGCAAUCCUAUACAUGUCUGUUUAGAUGUUUUAGUGUGGUGGCGGUUGCCUUUUGGAAUAUUCUACCAAUGAACGUUAGGAAGGUGCCUACAUUAUAGGCUAGUGUAUCUAGAUGUUGCAGAACUUCAACCACCUUCGUUCCUGACCUUUGGCUAUGAUGGGUGGAUAUGGUGGGAGUUUUAAUCCAUCACCCGGAGACCUGAGGUUGAAGAACACUGGUAUAAGCAUUUAGACGCCUGCUUAAAACUCAUCCAUUGACUCAGGCUUUCACUGAGGGGUGAGUCAUUUCUGUCAAUGUAUUUAUCUGAUAUACCAAUUUGUGAUGUAUUUUGCACUUGAUUUAUUAAUGUAAAAUUAUUGCUGAUUUUAGGCUGCUCAAAAUGUAGGCAGACAUUUUUGCGGUUGGGCUUCUAGCUAAGCGUGCUCAGCAUUACUAUCUUAAAGGCCUUUUUUAAUGUACUAAAGGCUUCUUUUCAAACCCUUAUGUACAGUAAAAAAAUUCAAAUUUCUCUUGAUUAUCUGCAUGCAAAUUCUGACAUUGCUGGGAACUUGUCUUAACCUUGCAACAGCUUCCUUAAUCAUUUCGGGCAGGGUGCUGCCUGUGCUUUCUAGAAAACCUGUUUCACUAAUAUGGUUGACAUCCUUGCAGCGAGAAAAGUUUUAGGAUCGGGGUAGGAGGUUGUGUAGCGGCUGCAAGUGUUCAGAACAAAUGAACACUUCCAAAGUAACUGAAAUUCAUGUGACUUGCCUAAGAGUGAGGUGUGUCCACUGAAACAAUGUGCUUCAUUGUUAGCCAUUUAUAAUUUUGCUUCCUGGAUCCUUUCCCUACAGUGGGUUUUCCCCAACACAUUCUUCUGUCUGGUUUUUUGUUUUGUUUUGUGUUUUUUUUACCACGAGGCUUCCAGGAAAACUGACAUCAUCCAGCUGCUGUUUGCUCAUCCAGCUCAGUUGAAAGUCCCAUGUCCUGUUCCUUAAAGCAAUCAUUGGUUGGCGAUUCAAGCAAAAAAGAGGUAGUUUCUAUCUCUAGCGCUGAAAAAAAGAGGUAGUUUCUGGACUACAAGCAAUCCUUUGCUUCAGUGCUUAGGUCACAUCUCUUUAGAGUGUAGCUCAGCUGACUUCAGUAGAGUUUAAAUGGUGCCAAGUGUAGGUCAGCAAUGACUCGGGGCUGAAUUCACAUCACUAGUUCUCUGGUAAUCAUUAAGCGAGUUCUCAGCAUGCAAACUUUCCCACCCAAUAAUACUUUCACAUGAUGAUAAAAGCAACAUAUUUGAAGGCCAUUUCCUACAAUGAAACAGUUUGUAUGAACUGCAGGGCGUGGGCUGUCUUCUUUACGUCCUCACUCAUUCUGUGGCAAUAGACAGUGAAGUGGUGAAUCAUGCGCAUCAGAUGUUCCCAACGUGGCCAAGUAGCUCAUCUGGUCAAACACAAUUGGUGCACGACUGGCCUUAACAUCAGGCAGGCUGCCUGUGUCAAAAAACAGAUUUUGGAAACCAUUAAAGGGCAGCAGAUUGACAAUGGUUUAGCCUACAUCUUCAUCCACAUAAGAGGGUCUAUUGUAAUUUUCUAAAUGUCUUGGGCUGUUUCCUAAAUUGGGGUGCAGUGGGGCCACAGCCAUAUCAAUCCAUUCAGGGUGUGUGUUGCUUGGCAAGUCAUUUACCGCUUUUAUGCCUUCGUUCAGUCUCUCCCCUCCAUUGCUUAUAUUAAAACUUUUGUGGAUUAAACCACAAUACAUGCUAAGUAAUUGAAUUAAUUUCAGGAAUUAAUUUUCAAACUUAUUCUUUUCGGCUGCCUACUUAAAUCCUCCCACUUUCAUUACACAAACUUGCUCAUUACGUUCACUCUUGAGCUCCAUUGUUGUAUUUAGACUAAUGUUGCUGCCACAUAUCUGCAUUAAAUGUGGUUGUAUUUUACUGUCGAAAAGAAGUUUCUUAAUGAGUUUGGAGAAUCGUUUGAUGAUUUAAAAAAGUCCCUUGUAAGGAAGCAUCUCUCCUUCCUCUGCCUUACUUGAAUGUGCAGAGGUACGCCACUCCAAGCUUAAAAUAUCUCUACACAAUAGAAUGAAAUAGAGCUAUGGUACCUUAAUAGCUGAUGUACGGAUCAUGGUGUGUUUUUUCUAAACUAAAGCCAACUAUAGCUUGUUUCAGUGGUCCCUGCCCAGAGUGGCUAGGGCAACCCAAUCAGAUGGGCAGGGUACUACUACUACUAUUCCCAAACUUAGUUGAGCAACGAGAAUUAAAUGGCAAGACUUAGGGGAAAAUAGUAGCUGCUGAUGGGGCUCUGGUGAUUUCCACCCCAUGACAUACUGACUAACUUCCUAGCAGUCAUCAGAUGCUCUAAGACCUGCUGUGCACCUGUUUCUAACCAUUCUCCUAAUCACUUGUACUAGAUGAUGAUGAAAUAUGAUGAUGACUAUUCUUAUUCUUCUUACCGUAUAUAUUAUUAGUGAUAGCUUAGGUACUCUGAAUACCAAAUCUCACCCUAAAUAGAAAAAAAAUGAAUUUUGAGCAGAAAACCUGUAAACAUGUGCUGCAUAGAUGAUUAGGUGCCUUCUUAACCAGAUCAGUUCAAUUCAUUGUGUAUUUUGCAAGGCUAUGCUUACAAGUCCUUAAAAAGUUAUGUUAAAAGCAGCCGCAGAUUCUUUAACAGACUAAAUCACCAGAAUUGCUGCAUACUAUAAAAGUGGACUGUGCACAGC